AUGUCUAUCUUCUACUCAUUAAGCGGAGUAGCCGCGACGUGCUUGAAUUAUCUGAUACUUCGAGUAAUCUGGAAAACGCCUUCGUUACGAAAAUCCUCGUCAAACUUACUCCUAGCAAGCCUUGCACUGACAGACUUCUUGGUUGGAGUUACAGUUCAGCCCUUGAUGAUCCUUAUAAACAUUACAGCUAUCGAGAAGUUGAGAAAAAUAUUUUGCAUCAUUUCUAUAAUAGGUGAAAAUAUGGGAUUCUGGCUAGCCUCGAUAUCUCUUGGUACUUUAGCACUAAUCAGUAUUGAUCGUGUGUUGGCUGUUAAGCUCAAGACCAGAUACAAAACUACUGUUACAGCAAAACGCGUUCUCAGUGGAACUUUUGGCCUGCUACUCGUGAUCAUUCUUUGCUAUUCGCUGGCUUUUCGAACACUGACAAAAAUGACGUCCUCGGUUUCUCAAGAAUCACUUCCAGAAACAACAAGCAACCCUUCUUCAUCGGCUAUUUUCGAUGUGCUAAAAUAUCGAAAAUCACUGAAGACGAUGCUCAUCAUAUUGUUGACAAUAAUACUAUUUUAUGUGCCAUAUUUUGGAGUUAUAGUUGGGAAACUUGUUAUUUAUAAAACCGAUUUUUGGCGACAGUUUUCUACCACCACUCUGUUGAAGUUUCAUGCAGUAAGCGAGUUUAUGGUGUAUCUAAAUUCUACGGUUAAUCCUGUUAUCUACUGUGGCGUUUUCGUGACCUUCGUGAGGCAACAAAGAAUCUAA